AUGCCAGGCCCGAUCCUGGGUUGGUCAGGAGAUGAACGAUCUGGAUAUUCCCUUAUCAUCGGGAGCCAGUGUCAAGGGAAAAAAAUUGCGCGUGUGAUGCGAUCCACUUAUCUACCCGCACACCUUGAUGAUAGUAUGAGCAUUGAAUUGAAUUCCCGUGCUCAUAGGCAAGUUGAUGGCGUGACAUAUGAUUCCAAAGUCAUUGAUGGAGUGGGGCUGGUCGCCUGGAGAGUUUGCGGCAAGCAUGAGCUAGAUCCUACUUUGUCUCUACACCCUGGGACAACAUCAUCGUAUCCAGAGGCUUACGUAUGGGUCCAGUGGUAUGAUGGAGUCUGGACUUGGGAAACUCGCGAAGACUUCCACGAUAUCAUGUACGAGCUGACAAGUCUUCAAGUCGAUCUCCUGCUGUAUCAAUUAGCGACUUUACAGGACGCAGAAUACAGGGAAAAGCUUACCGGGGAACGACCUAUCUACCGGGAGGUGUUGGCUUCUGAUCUCAAAGAUAUGGAUUCGCAGACUUGCAAAUCUUACUCGAAACGUUCGGAGAAUUCAGACCCGCUAGAUAUGAAAAGGAAGCUGUCAAGAACCAUGGAGGACCCAUUUCAACUUUCGAGUAUAGAUAGCCAGGUAUCCUUCAAUCCGCCAGCUUCCAAGGUCAACAACAGUCUAAAGCGGAAUCCAAAUAACCAGAACGUCAACAACACGACAUCCCGGCCAGCCCUGCAGAUACAAACAGGCACCAGGUAUACCCCGCCCAAACGUGAGGCACAGCUUCUUGGUGUAUUGAACGAUGAUCGUGGUCGGAACAGGCCCCGUCGGGGCAUCUCAGGUCGUGCUAGGGGAAACCAGUGA